AUGUAUUUAUUGUGUUAUGGACUCGUUAGCUGCUUAUCCUAUGUAGGAAUGAUCGAUUUUCUACUGAAUUCCACUCACCCGAGUUCCAAAUACCAAUAACGGUGACGAUGGUUAAUGUACCUGUAGGCACGUAUUUCGCACGCAUGAACUGAACAUGUUGAUGCUUUGUGGCAUUGGCUUUGUACUGGAGUCACUGUGAAGGAGGAAAGCUUGGGGCUUUACUGUGACACGCCCCCGGCUGUACAGUCACAAAAGUAACUGCUAGAGAUUUUAUUGCUUUGGAAUGGUGUUGCAUCGUGGGUAUAAAAAUCGUUGUGGUGCCUCGAAUGAUUUUACAAGAUAUAUUUUCAAAAAAUUGUUAGUUUUACGUAUUCAUUGUUGACCGUCAAGUAGUGUGCACUGUGCAGCUGUGAAAGAUUGCUGCUUGAAUUAGUCAUCUGUUAUUAGCUCCAAUUCAUCAACAUUGAGGCAUGUGAUUUCAUCAGAUUUCUCUUCUGCUCAUAAAUUAUACUGCUUUUAUUUUUAUGCUAAUUAAUUAUCGCAACAUUUGGACGAUCGUGAUAGCGCUAAGACAAUGCAAGCGUGUGCAAACAUCAGUUGGAUCUUCAUCGAGGCUGGCCCGACGCUAGCCGCUCGCUGUCUCGCCGCUAAAAAGGCCGGGUUUUCUGUGGUCGAGAGCGACUGGCCUCAGGGUAAUUUGCCUGCAGAAACGUACCGAGCCGCACUCGACGAGGCAGGACUGCAGGCCAUCCUACUUAAUUGCUACCAAGGCGACACGAGUGCGGGCGAGUGUGGCUUCACAGCAGAGCCGGGACACGAGGACCGCUACAAGGAGAGUCUGGACAUAACCCUUCAAUAUGCCAGGACCAUCGGGGCAAAAAAGAUCCAUCUUCUGAGCGGGCGAGAUUUGAGCAGCCAAGGCGUGACCAAAGCUGAGCAGGAAAAAACUCUUAUUAAAAACCUGCAGGAAUCUUUGCCAGCCCUACAGCAGGCUAACGUCAUCGCCCUCAUCGAACCCAUCAACUCGUUUUCAAAGCCAGGAUAUUUUCUGAAUAACUUUGAGACAGCAUGCCGCGUGAUUUCAUCAGUCGGCAGCCCGUUAGUGAAGAUGCAACUCGACUUAUUCCACCUACAAAUGACAGAAGGCAACCUCGUCAACAAUAUCAAGAAGUUUCUUCCGUUCACCGGUCACGUUCAAGUGGCACAGGCACCUCAUCGUCAUGAACCUUCAAUGGCUGGUGAAGUAAACUACAAGUACGUUCUGGAGCAACUCUACAUUGCCGGAUACAGAGGGCACAUAGGGUGCGAGUAUAAGCCAUCCGUCACCUCAGAAUCUUCGCUGGGCUGGAUCAAGGAGUGGGGCUUGCAUUUUUAAAACCAUAUUCUCAAUAAUUUGUGUUGCGGAUUUACAAAAUAUGUCAUUAUUGUUGUUGGUAUUAAAAUACUGUCCAUGAUUAGAAUUUACUAAUUAAACA